CUUCAAACUAGUGGUAGAUUUGGGUGACUACAGAACUCGAGAAUAAGACUCGGGCCGCUUGUCGUCGUCUCCAACUGCUCCAUCGAACCCACCAGCAGCACAACAAUACAGCAUGGCUCCAACACCACACCUCAUCCACUCCGCCAACUCUCUUUCAGAAGCUUCGUCCCUCUGGUACCCCAUAAUCUGCGACCUAGGAUGGAACCGCUCCGAAGCCGACGGAUCAAUGCAUUACCACGCCGCCCUCGACGGGAAGACAUGGCUACUCAUCACACCACGAAUCGCAUCAUCUGCAUCCGACAACUCCGGAUCAGAAGCGGAUACAGGCUCGGGCUCCGUAUCUUCAAGCGCAAAACCUCAAGGCUGUGUCGUCGCUCUCCCCUAUCCUAACGGCACGGGCUGGAUCGGCUUCUUCAUCAUGAGCGAGGCGUAUAGAGGGAAGGGGUUGGGCGGCAAGCUGUGGCGCAGUAUGGAGAAGGUGUGGGAGCAGGAAUGCGUUGAAGUUAUGGGGCUGGAUGGUGUGGAAGAGCAGGUUCCGACGUACUUACGUCGUGGGUUUGUGGACGUGGGGAGGAUUCCGUUGAUGGUGUGCUUGGCUGAGGACGUCGCUAAAUCCAGCGCCGAUGCCAAGCGCAAAGAGGGUUAUGAAAGGCCUGCAGGAGAAUUUGAAGACAUCUCGAAGGCGAACAGGGAAGACCUCGCGGCUCUGGAUCUCGCGCACACAGGCCUGGACCGGAGCCGCUACUGGGUGACUUCCAAUCUCUUAGACCGGGACGAUGGGUUUGGCUACAUUCACUACACCGACUCAGAGCCCACAGGUUUCAUCCUUGUCCGGGGCUGCGAAGAUGGGCACAGGAUUGGUCCUCUCUACGCACCAUCUUCAGUUGUUGCUACGCAUCUUCUGCGUCUGGUGAUGCAGCAUCCUUCUGUUGCCGAGUCGACAGGAAGCCUGGUUGCUGAGGUCUUCGGCACCAACGUGGAAGGAAAGAAGGUGUUUGGUGCCCUGGGCUGGAAGGACACGGGUGUGGAGUACCAUCGUAUGUGGUAUAAGGGCAAGGUACCGGAGGAACAGGGUGCGGCUGGGCUUGGGACAAAGGGUAUGUUUGCGAUCUUCGAUGCUGCUUGUGGGUGACAGAAGGAGGAGUUCGCAGUGUCGAAGCAGACUCGUCACUGCAUCACGACUUCCUAGUAUGGCAAUGUUGCAAAUGUGUCGAAUGCAGCAG